AUGACGACGCCUUCGAUAUUCAAGUUCCUCCUUGCGCACCUAUGGAUCGCGCCCACGUUCCUUGCGCUGGCAUUCGAUCCACUGGGCAUUGUGUAUGAUGUCGCAAAGUCAAACUCACAUCUGGCCCGGCGCAUUACCAAAACUGGAGACUCGGAGAGGCCUUAUAGUGUAGACGGAAAUUCAUUUGAUUCUAACUUUUUGGGAGUAGAUGAUUGUCGAGCUGAUCCACCGGCUGUGGAGGAUGAAAACGCCUCGAUGACUGCUGCCUCAGAUGAUAGCUCAGAUUCAACGGAGUCGUACACGGCGAGUUCAGACACAGAUAGCUCGGAGAUAAAGAGUUCAGAGACAGGGUCUUCAGUGUCAACGGGUUCAGACACAACGGAGUCUCAGACAGCGGACUCAAACACCGCAGAGUCUGUUGCAACAAGCUCUGGCACAACGGAAUCAGAUACGGCGACGCCAAUCCCAAACGAAUCAGAGGCUGGGCCAAUUCUGCGUGCACGUGGCAGCGCGUCCUCAUUCCCCAAAACGCGACUUCCACCGUAUAGACUAAGUCCAGCCACAUCGUCGCGGUCUGGUCAACGAAAGACAAGGCAAAUCAACUUAGUAUUCUUAUUAACCGCCAUGUUUGCUGCACUCUCGCCAAUGCAGCAACACGCCCCCAAUCCCUUUAGCUACCCCUGGACACCUGCUCGUUCAUCCCCGCUCUCCCCGCGCAGAGCAACCUCUUCACUCAAAACCACACCACCAACGAACCAACCACAGUUCCAAGCUCCCACGUCAAUAUUUGCAUUUACGCCCUCGCCAUCGCCCUCUCACAAUAAAUCCGAACCUGCAAAUAUCUUUUCUCGCUCCCGAAGCGCCAAUGCCAAUGCCGAUACUAACGCCACCACCUCACCAACCCCAGCCCCAACAUAUGCAACUCGCUACGCAUCCACAAUUUCCAACCCCCUCAAUGCCCACUCCACAAAACGCGCCUUCACAUCAUCAACCUCCCCGCAUGCGCGCUCUGUCCGGCGCAACGCGUUCCUCAACCGUGUUAAGCACGACCGCGAAAGUGGACGGUUUGAGGCGCGCGCAGAGCGGUUAGCCUACCUCGAGGAUAUUGCGGAGCAGAAGGAGUGGGUCGAGGACAUGAGGAGAAGAGCGGAUGAUAUCCAGUCUAAGUUUGGGCUGGGGAUCGAAGAGACAGAGGGGGAGGGGAGAUAUUUAGAUGGUGAUGAAGCAGAAAUCCAAGCUUUAGAUGAGUAUCUCGAGCAAGAGCGCAUCAUGGAGAUGGAGCUGCUUGAGCGGAUGGAAAGUGCUGCACCCCCUCCACGCGGAGACGUGCCGAAGCAAAAUGACGCAGCUUCGUCAUUCAGCGACGAGGAAUACGAUGAUAUUUUUAUAGACCUGGUGGACCGCAAUACUCCUGAUGAUAUGGAUAUGUCUAGUUAA